AUGGGCUUCGAGUCAGUCACGUUGUCGCUGCCGCAGGCGUCCCUAUUUCAGUUCCCCCCAAACCCGAAUUCGGGCUUCAUCCCCCCACCACCCACCGGCAGCACAUCAUUCGCCCCUCCGGUUGAUAUCCCAGAUCACCUCUAUAACGCCGUUCUCGACGCGAAAGUCCCCAUCACCAUCGCCCUGGUCUACGCCGUGACCGCCAAAGCCCUGAACGCCUACAACAAGUCUACCAACAAGAAGCCCUGGGCCAUCAGCAAGACCCUCGCCUUCCGCUGGUUUGUCAUCGCCCACAAUGUCUUCCUGGCCGUUUACUCGGCGUGGACAUGGUGGGGUAUGCUCGGCACUCUGAGGCGCUCCCUCGUCAGCCCACUGGGUCCUCAGGGAGUUUCCGGCCUUGUUGACUCGUUGUGCCGAGUCAACGGUGCGGGUGGUCUGGGCAACGCCGCUUUCUUCGACGAUAGCCAGAAUGUGUGGCAGACCUACUCGCCCGAGGCCGUUCUGGACGCCGAGGGAAUGCCGAGCCGUUUCGUGGCUGGUCGUAUGUGGAACGAGGGCCUUGCCUUCUACGGCUGGCUCUUCUACCUCAGCAAGUUCUACGAGGUCGUCGACACCCUCAUCAUCCUCGCCAAGGGCAAGUACAGCUCGACGUUGCAAACCUACCACCACGCCGGCGCCAUGAUGUGCAUGUGGGCAGGUAUGCGCUACAUGUCGGUACCUAUCUGGAUCUUCGUCUUCUUCAACUCGUUCAUCCACGCCCUGAUGUAUACGUAUUAUACCGUCACUGCUUUCAACGUCCGCGUACCCGUUUUCAUCAAGCGCACCUUGACCUCCAUGCAAAUCACCCAGUUCCUGGUCGGUGCGUCGUGCGCCAUGAUUCACUCUUUCGUCAAGUACAGCAUCCCUGUUAUCGCCAGCUCCCAGACCGAUGCGCCGGCCUCGGCCGCUUCUGCUUCGGCCAACAACACCGUGAUUGCUGCUACCGGUAGCGUGUUCGGCAACGUCAAGGGCACCUACGCGCGCCGUACUAUGUCCUGCAUCACCUCGAGCGGUGAGACCUUCGCCGUCUGGCUUAACGUUUUCUACCUCGCCCCGUUGACCUACCUUUUCGUCUCCUUCUUCAUCGAGAGCUACCUCCGCCGUAGCAAUGCGGGCAGCAGGUCGAACAAGCGGACCCCUACUACCGGACUCGACGCCCGUCGCCUUAGCAACAACGUUCAGCUUGCCGAGAAGGCUGGCUGGGAGGCUGCUCGUAAUGUUGAGCGCGAGGUCUAUGGCGAGAGCAACGAGGAGGCUAUCAUUUCUGAGAGCCAGUCGACCGAUGCCCAGCCCACUCCCAGUGGCCGGGUGCUGCGCAGCAGGCGGGCUUAG